AUGGGAACAGAGGAGGAACGUCAAAAUCAUUUGGAUACUACAAUAGAAAAACUAAGGGAAGAGAUAUCAGAAAUAAAUUCAAAUAUUGACAUGUAUGAAAAUGAUCAAGAGCAAAUGAGAAUAAAUUUUGAAAAUUUAAAAAAUGAUAAUGAGAAAUUAAAAAGUAUAUUAAAUCAAACUUUAAAUAAAGGUUUAGGAUUGAAAAUUCUUGAUGUUUCUGAAAAAAUCUAG